GAAAUCAUGGCGAUGUUCGAACCAGGAGAAGUUGGAGAUCAGUUCAUGUUGCCAGCUCGACCAUCAGAUAUUAUUGACAUGACUAGAGGCUCUGUCAUUGAUGAAAUCUGGUGCUCUUGGUGUAUGUGGGUCAACAGUUGUGAGCCAUUCGUUGG